GGAUGCUUCUGAAGGGGCGCUCACGUGUAACGGGCUCGUGAAGGGAGGGGCGCCAGCAGACGUUUUCUACAUUUGUUUCCAUCGUUCAAGAUCCUUUGAAAAAAGACGGAUCAGCGAUGGCGGAGGCUCAUCAGGCAGUAGCGUUCCAGUUCACCAUCACACCAGAAGGCAUCGACCUGCAGCUGUCCUACCAGGCCCUGAACCAGAUCUACCUGUCGGGGGUCCGGUCCUGGAAGAAGCGAGUCAGCCGCAUGAAGAACAGAGUGAUAAAGGGAGUGUAUCCUGCUAGCCCGUCAUCGUGGCUGUUUGUUGCCAUAGGGAUCUUGGCUACCAUGUACAUGCAGUCUGAUCCCAGCAUGGGGCUCAUCGCAAAGAUACAGCAGCAUCUUCCUCUGAGUCUGCAUGUUUCUCUGAGUAGUCAGGGUCAAACCAUGGUGUCAGCUCUGGUCUUCAGCACCCUGCUGUGGCUUUCCCUCAUCCUUGCCCUGCGCUUCUGCCUCAAGCUGCUGCUCUCCUACCACUGCUGGAUGUUCGAACAGCAUGGGAGAGUCUCCAACACCACCAAAGUCUGGGUGACUCUAAUGAGUUUAUUUUCAAGAAAGAAGCCUUUGCUGUACAGCUAUCAAACCUCCCUCCCUCAUCUCCCAGUUCCUGGCAUACAAGACACUCUGAGCAGGUAUCUAGAGUCAGUGCGCCCUCUGCUGACGGAUUCAGAGUUUCAGCAAAUGACUAAGUUGGCCAAUGAGUUUGAGUCGACCCUUGGACACCGACUGCAGCGCUACCUAAAACUCAAAGCUCUGUGGGCCACCAACUAUGUGAGCGACUGGUGGGAGGAAUACGUCUACUUGAGGAGUCGAGGGCCAAUAAUGGUCAACAGUAAUUACUAUGGCAUGGACUUCCUGUAUGUGACGCCAACAUCAGUUCAGGCGGCGCGAGCUGGAAACACCAUCACUGCUCUCAUGCUCUACCGACGCAAAGUAAACAGAGAGGAGCUCACACCGAGUCGUGUUCCGGGCACCGUGAUCCCUCUGUGUGCAGCUCAGUGUGAGCGGAUGUUCAACACCACGCGAACACCAGGAGUCGAGACUGAUGUACUCCAGCAUUGGCAGGACAGCGAGUUUGUGGCGGUGUACCACCGGGGGCGUUAUUUCCGGCUGUGGGUGUACCGGGCGGGCCGGCUGCUGUCUCCCAGAGAGAUCGAAUACCAGAUACAGAGAAUCCUGGACGACUCUUCACCACCGUUUCCUGGAGAAGAGAAACUGGGAGCUCUGACAGCUGGAGACAGGAUCCCCUGGGCUCAGAUGCGGCAGCAGUUCUUCAGAUCGGGCCUCAAUAAGAAGUCUCUGGACGCCAUCGAGAAGGCGGCGUUCUUCAUCACGCUGGACGACGAAGAGCAGGGCAUGAAGGGAGACGACCCGGCGGGGAACCUGGAUCGCUACGCCAAGUCUUUGCUCCAUGGCAAAUGUUACGACAGGUGGUUUGAUAAAUCCUUCUCCAUCGUAAUCUACAAAAACGGGAAGAGCGGCCUGAACGCAGAGCACUCCUGGGCCGAUGCGCCGACAGUGGCCCAUCUGUGGGAGUACACUCUGGCUACAGACGCCUUCCAGCUGGGCUACACUGAAGAAGGACACUGUAAAGGAGAGGUGGAUCUUUCGCUGCCGCUGCCUCAGAGGCUGGUGUGGGAAAUCUCUCCAGAGGUCCAGACUCAGGUCUGCAGCUCCCUGGCGGUGGCCCAGGCUUUGGCUGACGAUGUGGACUGCCACGUCUUCCCCUUCAGGGAUUUCGGAAAGGGUCGGAUCAAGAAGUGCCGGAUCAGCCCCGAUGCGUUCAUCCAGCUCAGCCUGCAGCUUGCCUACUACAGGGACCGUGGUGGUUUCUGCCUGACGUACGAGGCGUCUAUGACCCGUCUGUUCAGGGAGGGCCGCACAGAAACGGUGAGGUCUUGCUCCAAAGACAGUUGUGCCUUUGUCCGAGCUCUGGAGAGUGGACAAACGGAGGAGGAGUGCAGACGUCUUUUCAGACUGGCUUCAGAGAAACACCAGAACCUUUAUCGGAUGGCCAUGACCGGAGCUGGGAUAGACAGACACCUCUUCUGCCUCUAUGUCGUCUCUAAAUACUUAGGAGUAGAUUCGCCUUUUUUGCACAAGGUUCUGUCAGAACCUUGGCGCCUCUCCACCAGUCAGACCCCGGUCCAGCAGCUGGAGCUGUUUGAUCUGAAGAACAACCCAGACUACAUUUCACUUGGAGGAGGAUUUGGACCUGUUGCAGAUGAUGGUUAUGGGGUUUCAUACAUCAUUGUCGGAGAGGACCUCAUAAACUUCCAUGUGUCAUCAAAGCACUCCUGCAGUGAGACUGACUCCCACAGGUUUGGAGCUCAGAUCCAAAAGGCCUUUCAGGACAUAAUGGCUCUGCUGUCAGCUGAUGCUAAAAGCUCCUCCUCCUCCAAAGGCUCCAACCAACCGCAGUCCAAGAAGCUCCUGUAAAGCAUGUUAGCCUUGUUACCUCACCGCCCAAAAGCUGUGAUGGAACAGGAUCAUGGUAAUAUCAGGCAUCACAUCCUGAUGAUAAACAAUACCACAGGAAUGAGGUGUUGUUAUUGACAAAGCAUUAGAUUUCAGCUAAUAAAAAGGUUGUUUUUAUCCUGUAUAACUCUGAAAGAACAAACGACAGGUCAACAGGCUGUUUUUUUUUUUUUAUUAUUAUUUCAAAUGCAUGUUUUUAGACAACUUCUAGGUAACAGUACAAAGGUCUCUUGUUUCUUUAACAUUAGAAACAUGUAACGCUAAUGCUAGCUCUUAUAUUAGCUAUGCUAACUGCUCAGGAUUCUCGCUGUUUCUGCCUUCAACACCUAAACCUGGUGAAGCUACGAUAUGACGACUUUUUAAGUAAGCCUGAAAGUGGCUCACGUCUAAGCAAGAGUCAGAUGGAAAAAGAUUAGUUUCACCAGGGAGAAAUCAAAGUGGGAAUGCAACCGCAGGCGGUACUGGUACGUUUUUACAAGAACUAAUCAGGGAACAAUAGACUCACCUGCUGCCUUGUUAGGUGUUCCUUGGUUGUAUCGGCUUUACACCUUUUCUAGCAAGUGGUUACCUUAGCUACAGUUGGUUUUAUUUCAUCUUGACCCAAUGUGUCUAUCUGCUAAUUAGAUGUUUUCUCAUUUUUAAACAGCCAUGACACAUUUAAAGUUACUCACAUCUCUUUUCUUCCUCCUUCUUACACUCUAAUAGUGUUUCAACAAGUCAUCCUAUCCACUUCCAGAUGCAUAAAUAUAUUUCUUGUGAUUGACUUCUUUACUAUUUGUGUAGGUUUGUAACUAAUAAUAGUUUAGUUAUAGAUUAAUCUAUAGAUUAUUCUGAUAAUUGAUCAAUCGGCUAAAAGAAAACAUGCACAUUCUGCAUUUUUUAUUUAAGUAUUUUAUAUUGGAAAUACAUUAAAAGGUGCAAAUAAACAAAUAAUUUUAAUUCUUUUUGUAAUUAAGAAGAUACAUUUUUUAUGACCUAAAAUGCAAUAACGGCGUACCUCCAGUAAAUGCUUGAUCAUAUGUAGUAAAGGAAGCAUCUGCAGCUAAAUUAUCCGUCUAACAUCAGCACGUGAAAAUCUUAGCUAUGCUUGCUUGAUGUAACAUCCACACAGUGUUUGACUGAUUUGUUGACUUUUUUUUCCGAUUAAUAAUUGGAUAUCAGAAAUUGUUUAAAUGGAUAUUAAUUUUUUAAGAAUUUGAAUCAGGUGAAGCUAAUACUGUCCCUUGAGGAAUUCUGUAUGGAACAGAUUUACAGACAGUGGGUUUUUUUUAUCUAGUGUAUAUAUAUUUUUGUACAGUUUUGGCUUAAUUUCUGCUUUGAGUGUUGUUCUUUAAGCUUUCUUUAAUUUCUGUUUUCUUCAGUUACUAAAUAAGUUGGCAAUUAUUUCAAUAAUUAACUAAUCAGAUUCUAAUUUAUGAUUUAUGUUUUCGCAUCUACCUGAAUAAUGUGUAGUUGCUCCCCUGCACAUUUGAACAGGAGUAGCUAAUAAAGCAGCAGUUGAAUGCAUAUUAAUGACAUAGACACUGCUAGCAUAGCUCACCAGGGUGUUUGUAGCUGCCAUUGUUCCAUUAUGAAGUAAGAUUGGAUCUCUACCAGGGUGAGAAGACACUGACAUGUAAUCAGUUAGAGCUGCACAGUGAUAAGAAAUCAAUCAUUGAUGAUAUCAGUUGCGAUGAAUACUUCUGCUUCCCACACUCUCUCUGUGACCUCUGGCCUCUUGGUCAGUGUUAUCCGUCAGGUGCAGAUACUCUGUGCAACAAGCUGAAAAUAUUACUUGGAUGCAAAGAGUGAAAUCGUGAAUAUAAAACCCAACAUCUGUUGCUUUCUAAACACUCCUUUGUGGUACGGAUAUUGUCCACAUUUCCCCAAGGACACAAUCUCUGCUGCAUGUUGUCAAACUCUGAAGCUAAAGCACAAAUAAAUUAGGAUGUUCAGCUUGAUGSCUCUUGGAAAUUUGAACAACUUUCAUGUAUAUUUUCUCAGAGUCUWWAAUAUUUUUAGGACAGUAUUUAGAGGCCACCUCUCAGGAAGUUGGUGUUCAGCAGCAAAGAGGGACAGAUGUCUGACGGAAAGCCGAAAGCGUUCAGAACGCUGGGCUACAGUUCACCAUUCAUGUACAGUAUGAUGGAGGAGUUUGUUAAAAGGGAAGACUCACAUGUCACCAUUUAAGUUUUCCAUCUCAAGUUACUGCUUGUGUCUCAAGAGAUGCCUGGGGGUCGAGAGCCUCAACCCCCAGGUUUGGAACCAGAGCUCUUAAUCCACAAAAUGUAAUUAUUGUAUAUAUCACAUCAUAAACAGAUGAGGGGAAAUUUGUUGGAACCCAUAAAAAUAAAUGUUAAAAAAAUAUAUUUUAUGUGCUGCAACCUUCAGUAAUACCAAACAAAUGGUGUCUGAGUAUGUUACCAUUUAUACUGAGCUGUUUAUGGCAUAGAGGUUAGCAGGAAGGGAAAGAGAAGCGAGAAACACUUUUUCAAAAGGGUUUUGUCUGUGAUUUGUAUUAUAAAGAUGUAGAUAAAACAGUUGUGUAGACGAUGUGUCGGUAGUAGAAGUAGAGGAUUUAAUACGCUUUUUUUUUUAUUGCUCUCAUUUAGUGGUUUGUUUGUUUUUUGGGGAGGUGGGAGGGUGUUGUGUAAAGCCCAUAAAUGCCUUUACGGUUUUUUAGGUUUGCAAAUGUAACUUUGAACAAAACUCCGACUCGGCUCCACCUGAGGCGUCGCCCUCACAUUGCAGUAGUUGUCAUACUUAAUUUCAGUUUCCUAUUAACCACAGGCAGUUCCACUUCUCCAAAUGAAACUUACUCUUUAAUAGUCUUAACCUCAAGACGAUGUAUAAACAUGUCAGGGAUUCAKSCCUGGCUAUAAACCUGCUGCCUGCAGAGGCAAACCCUUGUGCCUGUGURAAAAUGUUUACUCUGCUCAACAGUAUCAAUGCAAAUGAAUGAAUCAAUGCAAACCCAGUGGGAAACCUCCUACGAUGAAAUGCUCAGCGGUUAUGUUUUAAUGAGAACUUGGCCAGUUUGCUGCUAUUUGUACCGUCAGAUUUUGUAACUUGUCUUGUAAUUGGGUGGGAAAACUACUUCAUCCCAGCUACAUUAGUCUGAUUAAUGUUUUAAGCUAAAAAAUGUUGUUGAUGCAUGAAAUAUUUAGUAACUAAAAAAAACAAUGAACACAUACAGUUUUUCUCUCAGAUUAUCCUUGCAGGAAGUCAUAAAACAUCGUGUAAUUAGCUGUGUUUCCAUUAUAAACUUAGACAAUAUUCCUAAUAUUCUAACGUCAUAAAAAAAACACACUUUCGUAAUUGUGAUGUUUUUAUUAAAUAAGACAUGUAAUUAAAAUCACAUGUGAAUAAGUUUGUUCAUGCUAUGAGUCGGUAAAAACCAUCUUCCGACCACUUCCUGUCGUCGUCUUCUUUGUGGUUUAUGCUAGUAGUAGUACCCCAGUGUCGAUCAUGUGACCCCGAUGAUGCAAAAACAUUGUUUCUAUUGGAAUUUUACAAAAUAAACCAAUUUUGAUACAGCUGAAAAAACACCUUACUCUAACCCAAAUUGUUUUAGUGAAAAACUUAACCCUACCCUAACCCUAACUAUUAAGCAAUUUGAUUGUCAUAAAUUUAAUUUGCGCCGUUUCAUUAUUAAUGGAAACACAGCUGGUGUCAGACACAUAGAUCCCUUGUAUAAGGAACGUUUCUGUAUUUUGGGGGCGAAACUACAGAUGGUUGAAAUGUCUGUAAUCCACCAUCUGAGUUUAGUUUCCCACCAAAACUGAUGUUGAAAAUAUUCUAAAACUGCCACCUCAGCACAUUGCUUCUCAGUAGCUUGAAUAGAUUUUAUCUGUGAAAACCCUGAGGAAUCCCACUGGGUACCGUUAGUUGUUGUGUUUGUCUAUACCUGUGUUCUUUUACUCGUACAACUGCUACUUUACCAUAGCUGCAGCUCUGCUUGCUCUGCUCAACACAAAACACCAUUUGUGUGUCAGGCGACUUGAAUAUCUGGGAACACAAAAGACUUUGUCUUCCAAAUUUUUAUUUUUUUGGCUCUAGUGGCCUUUAUUUGUUAGUUAAUUGACAGGAAAGUGGAUAAUGAGAGAAGGGGGAAGACAUUCAGCAAAGGUCGCCAAGGCCAGGAUUCGAACCUGUGACAGCUGCGUCAGGGACUCAGGCCUCCAUAUGUGGGUUGUGCUUAACCCCUGCGCCACCACAGCACAACACAUCUUCCAAAUGUUGCUGAACAAAUACUUGAUGACUCUUCAAAAAAAGAAUCUUAUCUGUAGGAGACACAAUUGUUAUCUUGUUGUGGUUUCAGUCUCCCUUUAAAUCUUCAACAAAGGCUCAUCCCUCAUAGUCCAGCACAUAUUUUUGUCAAAUAUUUUUUAUUCAUAUGGUGCAAAAAGCUGUUUUUCUACCAUCUGACUGAAGUAUAUUCUGUUUGUUUUUCUCUGUGUCCCCUGACAAAAGCAGAUGUGUUGAGUUUGAUUUCGUACUUUAUUUCUAAACCGUAUCGAAACGUCAGUUUGGAACUUUGUGAUGGUUUUUGGUUUGUGUUAAAAUAAAUUGUUUACUGACA